UGGAGAGCAAUUCAGAUGGUAGGAAGGGGGUUAAGCAAUGAGAGCGGAUGCUGAGCUGAUCAUGGCGCGCCCGGAAGUGGAAGUGACGGUGAAGACCCUGACCGGGAAAGCAGUUCGAAUUGAACUGCAUGAAUCUGCCACCGUGAAUGACUUGAUGCAGAGAUCAGAGAUUGAAUUGGGGGAGCCACAGGGUGUUAAAUACAGGCUAUUUUUGAGGGGAGUACGUCUUGAGAGUGACAAGUUGAUCAAAAGUCUGAACGUUAAGGAAGGGGAGGCUUUCGUUCUCAUUGGAUUUACAGCAAAGAAGAGGCUGAAGGCAGAGUGGCGCAGCCGUGAUGAGCCCACAGAGGACCUACGUCGUCUUGAGACCCCUUCUGCUGACGUCAGGAGGAAGGGUCAAUCACAUGUGUUAUCCUCUCGUAUGGAAGGCGGUAGUGGUAUGCCCUCGUUACAUAUGGCUCCGGAACGAGCAGAUGAACGGCCCAAGAUGGCUGUAGAACGAGUAGAUGAACGACCUGCUCACCUCACGAUGAGGGAUCAGCACACGCUGGUGACCAAAGCUCAGCAAAGUCACCAAACACAAAGAAUGAGAGACGGUGGCAAUGAAAUCAGGAGGCAAACUGCACAAGAUCCUUCCCCCCAGGACUCCAGUGUGCCCAGUUGUCUUGAUGCCAGCUUGGCUGGAAAAUCCCAUGUGCCACAAGAAAACGAUUGCUGCGCAGAUGUUUUGAAAACAUACAGGAAGAAAGGAAACGCACACUGCGUAGAGAAAUGUGCCGCACAGGUCGCUGGUAGUUUCACACUGCCGUCAGGGAAGGACGGGUGCUGCGAAUUAAGCGGCAGGGACUCUGUAGGAGAAGAGGGGCUUGUGAUGAGCACAGCGCGCAAGCAGCAGUGCGCUGUAGAGGCAGUGCGAAGGGAAAUACUAGCCGAUGCUCAGUCUAUUCCAGGGAUGGAGGACACUCUGAGAAAUGGGGAGAGAAUGGGGGACCAGAGCGAGCAGGCUGAUGGCCAUGGACGGAAGAUCAGCAGCGGAAACACCAGAAGAGCAUGUCCGAAACAAGCAUCGGAAGUUGCCGAAGACGAUCGUGUUGCGUUGUGUGACGAUGGAUCUUUCUCUGGUGAUGAUCGCUGCCGGAUGAAAGGCAUUGCAUCACAUGCUGGCAGCAAACAUAGUGCAUGCGACAGCAAAUCUAUCGCAGCUGCUUCUGGCGGACUGGUUAAGGAGGAAAGACAUCAUCCAAACAGACUGGAUGACGAAGUCGUGGGCGACAAGGGUGCCAGAAACGUAGGAGAAAAUGUGGAGAAAGAGGAAUCCGAUGGAGAGAAGGCAAAGGAACGGAUGCCGGGGCAUGUGACAAGCAGAGCACAGGAAAGCAAAGCACAGAGGGGACCAGGUGGGAAAGGGGGAGGUAGAAGCGCAAGUAGAAGUGACAAAGAGGAGUCUGACUUUGUCUGGCCCCCCGAUCUGGAAAGAUUGAUCAAACUAUUCGACAUUCUAAAUUCAGUUUAUGGAUUCCUGCAGCGGCAGCAUGUCCAGGCCACAUGGCGUAAUGUCAGAGCGGCCAUGGAGCAAUUGUCUGCAUGUUCUGGGCUGAAAAUCAACGCAGAGGACGUGGCAGCCAUGGCUACACUCUGCCCCAGGAUUGUGUGGAUACGAGACAAGACAGGAGAAGGGGAGAGUUUGUCAUUUACCAUUGACUUAGUGGACCCCACCCGGCCGUUAUCUGAUCAAUUGAUGGAAGCUCAGAUCAUGCCCCCAACCCCAGCCGGAGAAACUGAACCGUGGGAUCUUAUCCCUGCGGGAGGCAGAAAACUGACAAAUAAGAUGAUACAAGGACCUAUGGAUCGCCGGAGGCGAGGCUUCCAGGAAACGUUGAUGGGCUUGCUUCAGGCAAGACAUCGACAAUUCUUAGCACAGCUGGGCGUGAAAGAGAAUCGUGGGAAAAAAAGAUCAAAGAGUUCAGAUUGGCAUCCUGAUUUCCAGCUGAGCGAUGUCAGUUUGGCAGAUCUUCUCUCCGAUGCCUGUUCAGCUCGCGCUGCCAAUCCUGCUGUCGAUAGGUCAACUGGGGAGGUGGUAGGGAGCCUGCCUUCUGAAUCUAGGCAUGAUACGGGUGAAGGUUAUGGAUCCAAUGCAAAGAGCUUGUGGGAAAGGUUCGAAUCAGCAGAGGUGCCCGCCAGGCCACCAAGGGUGCUGAAGAAGAUACCACGAUGCACGAGCACGAAGUCUUACUCACCUGCUGAAAUGCUGGAUCAUCUUAGAGAGGGACUGGGGUCUGUAGGACAGGUAACACAUUGCCAGUACAAGCCUCCUCGAAAACCGUCCUAUGGAAGUUUGGAACGUCCACUCUCUGAAGCAACCAUUGCCGCCUUGAAGAAGAAAAAGAUUGCGGAUCUGUAUGUCCAUCAGACGAGUGCCAUCAACGCGAUUGUGCAGGGGCGACACGUUGUUGUCGCUACAUCGACGGCCAGUGGCAAAUCGCUGUGCUACAACAUACCAGUGUUAGAGGCUUUCAGUUCAUGCCCAGACACAUGUGCGCUGUACAUGUUCCCGACGAAGGCUCUUGCACAAGAUCAGCUGCGCGCGCUGGUCGAGUUGACUUCGAACAUGCCUGUCAUCCCUGUUAUGGGGGUUUAUGAUGGUGACACUCCGCAGGAUAGGAGACCUUCCUUGAGGAAUGAGGCGCAACUGCUGAUCACAAACCCAGACAUGCUGCAUGUCUCUAUAUUGCCCGUCUACCAGCAGUUCAAGCGCUUUCUCUCCAGCCUAAAAUAUGUAGUGGUUGAUGAAGCACACAUGUAUAGGGGAGUGUUUGGAUGUCAUACUGCCUUGAUCAUCCGGCGUCUACGGCGCAUUUGCAGUCGAGUGUUUGGGGUUCAUCCGACAUUCGUUGUCUGCAGCGCGACAGUGGCAAAUCCCAAAGAGCAUGCUCAAGAGCUCAUUGGGCUGCAGGAUAUAGAGGUGGUCCUUGAAGAUGGAAGUCCUUGUGCAGAGAAGUACUUUGUACUAUGGAACCCACCACUGAUAAUGCUUCCACAGCGGAAAUCGAGGAAGAGAAAGUCGCAGCAUAUGGCAAAGAAGAUGAAGGCCGAGCUCAAGGGCACAGUGCCUCGCACCUCCGCAACAGCUUACAAUUAUAAUGAUGAUAAUAAUAAUAAUACUAAUAAUAAUGGACCUGUUGACCUAGAGGAGCGUCCUCAGCCGUUGGGCCAGCAGCCGACUGAGGAAGGUGCCCCCGUGCAAUCUUACCGAUCCAGCCCGAUCGUCGAAGUGGCUCUCCUGAUGGCGGAGAUGGUGCAACAUGGCCUAAGAUGCCUUGCCUUCUGCACAACCCGAAAGUUGUGCGAGCUAGUCCUUGUCUAUGCAUCUGAGACCCUGAAGGAAACAGCACCCCACCUGGCGGACUCGAUCCGUUCCUACCGAGCUGGGUACACACCUGAGGAUAGAAGGGCCAUUGAGGCUGACCUAUUCGGAGGAAUGUUGCGAGGUGUGGCAGCGACAAAUGCCUUAGAAUUGGGCGUCGAUGUCGGCAGUUUGGAUGUGACACUUCACCUGGGCUUUCCUGGCACUGUCGCUAGUCUUUGGCAGCAAUCCGGCCGUGCGGGAAGACGUGAACAGUCCUCCCUUGCCAUCUAUGUGGCUUUCAAUGGGCCGCUGGACCAGUACUUUAUGCGGAACCCAGAGAAGCUUUUCUCCCGCCCUAUUGAGAACGCGCAGGUGGAUGCCCAUAAUCCUCAGGCGGUUGACCAGCACCUGGUCUGUGCUGCAGCCGAGUUGCCGAUUCAGGUCGACGUGGAUGAUGUCUUCUUUGGUGCUGGGGUGGAGAGGAGUAUAGCCCUGCUGGUGGAGAAGGGACUUCUUGGCAGGCAUCCAACGCAUCCCACGAUUGACAGCGCUUGGCACUACAUAGGCAAGGCGACCUAUCCGUCUCACGGAGUGAGCAUCCGCUCAAUCGAUCCUGGGAAAUAUGUUGUUGUGAAUGAGGAGACAAACGACGUGAUCGAAGAGAUUGAGGAGAACAAAGCCUUCUUUGAGGUUUACGACGGUGCUGUUUACAUGCACCAAGGAAAGACCUAUCUCGUGAAAACGGUAAAUAUCAAUACAAAGGAGGCCAUCGUCCGGCAAGCAACGCUGAACUAUUACACGAAGAUGCGGGACCUCACAGAUGUGCAGGUCAUGGGUGGCGCCCUUGCUUACCCUUGCAACAUAGCGGAGGAACGGGACCACCUCUCAUCCACGGCGCAGUGCACAAUGGCGAAAGUGAUCACUCAGUUCCUUGGGUUCCGCCGAGUGUGGCAAGGAACAAAUCAGGUUUUUGACCAGGUGGAUCUUUUCCUUCCGAGUGUUGAGUACACCACUCAGGCGUCAUGGAUUCGUAUUCCUCGUCGUUUGAGGGAGAAGGUGCAGGAAAAAGGGGUUAGCUUCCGAGACAGUCUGCACGCUGCAUGCCAUGCUGUUAUCAAUGUCCUCCCUCUGUAUGUGAUGUGCAACGUUUCCGAUGUGGGCACAGAGUGCGCGAGCCCACACGAUACGCGGUACUUCCCUGAGCGGAUCUUGAUAUAUGACCGCCAUCCUGGUGGAAUAGGCAUCUCGUCGCAGGCGAGAGUGAUAUUCGCCGAGCUUCUUCAGGCAGCAGUUGAACUUGUGACAUCCUGCAAUUGCACGAUUCCUGAGGGAUGUCCAAAUUGCGUACAGUACUUUGGAUGCGGGGAGUACAACCACGCACUGAUCAAGGAGGGAGCAAUCAUAAUUCUGCAGGGAGUCGUGGCGGCAGAGUCCGCAUACAGGGAUGACAGCGAGCGCCCCGAGUCAUUUCACUACUACGGUCCUGAUGGGGAGAAGUACACAUGGAUCUACGAGAAGGGAGCGCAGACAGCCGCAAAAUCGUCAGUUGUCUCUCCAUCAAGAAACUAGGUAUACAGUCCUAUACCCCACUCUUCAGGUAACCUAGUCGAGGUUGCAUAACCUUGAACAUGGGGAGUCCGAGGGGCUUAGCUCAAGGUGAGAGCGGGCUAUGAAGGCGCGUUGUUACUUUGGUGGAUCAGCUCCAGAUGAGAGCGGUCUCUGAAAGUGAGCUGUACUUUGCAUAUCUCCAUAGCUAUGUGUUAAGAACUUGUGACUGCUCUUCUUUUUUUUUGUUUUUUAUACUCUUUUUCCCCCGGGAAGAAGCCCUGACUAACUCCGUGUCAGCAGCCGCGGAUCAUUGGAAUUCGAACUCAGGCCUGUGUUUCAACACUUGAUAGGCGUACCAACUGAGCUAGGCCAGGCGGUAGGUGAGAUGUACUUUCAACUGUACUUUCAAUGUAACAGUUGCAAGUGGAUAAAAAUGCAAGGGGAAG